UUUGCGCACAGUGGUCGUGAGUGAAUAGGACUCUUAACUGGUAACGUUAUUCUUGUUAUAUGAAUGUAGGUGAAGCGGCUGCUUUGCUCCAACGGGACCUGUUUCUGUAUGCUUUUAAGCUAAUGGUCUGGAUUUUACCAAUAAAUGUGCACCAAUGAUGCACUACUCAAACUGGCUCAUUGACGUGAAAAACAGGGCAAGCCUUCGAAAUGAGUACAAAUCACCACCUAACACCGACUGGAUUAAGAGGGGGAAUAUUGCGGACAUGCAGAACAACAACCCGCAUCUUAACGAAAAAGCAUCCGAACUAGCAGCUGCUAUUCAUCUCUUGAAAAAAGGCUACAAAAUAAUCAAGAAAAUUGGGGAAGGCACAUUUUCAGAGGUCCUGAAAACUCAGAGCUUAAAAGAUGGGAAGUUUUAUGCAUGUAAAGCCAUGAAGCAGACAAUAAACAGUCUGGAGCAGGCCAACAAUCUGCGGGAAGUCCAGGCAAUGAAGAGACUGAGCCCUCAUGCAAAUAUUGUCCAGCUACAUGAACUGAUUUUUGACAAGGAAACUGGAAGGGUAUCUUUGAUAUGUGAGCUGAUGGAAAUGAAUAUCUAUGAGUAUAUACAAGGAAGAAAAACACCUCUGCCUGAACAUACAGUAAAGCACUACAUGUACCAGCUCUGCAAGUCGCUUGAACACAUGCACAGCUGUGGGAUCUUUCACAGAGAUGUAAAACCAGAAAACAUUCUUAUAAAGCAAAACAUUUUGAAGCUUGGCGAUUUUGGCUCGUGUCGGAGCGUGUACUCGAAGCCCCCACACACAGAGUACAUCUCCACACGCUGGUACAGAGCCCCAGAGUGCCUGCUCACUGACGGGUAUUACAGCCUCAAGAUGGACAUUUGGAGCGCCGGUUGUGUCUUCUUUGAAAUCAUGAGCUUGAAUCCUCUCUUCCCUGGAACUAACGAGUUGGACCAGAUUGCCAAGAUUCAUGAUAUUUUGGGAACACCAGAUCAAAGUCUGCUCCAAAAGUUCAAGCAGUCUAGAGCGAUGCAUUUCAACUUCCCUCCAAAAAAAGGCACUGGCAUCUCACGGUUAAUCCCCAGAUGCCCAGCUCCAGCUCUGUCUCUCCUCUAUCAGAUGCUUGCCUAUGACCCCGAUGAACGAAUCACUGCUGAAACAGCCCUAAGGCACACAUACUUUAGGGAAAUAAGGAUGGCAGAUAAGAAGGCCGAGAGUCUUCACAGAGUUUCUGGGACUAUGGAUGUAAUCGGAAGUUGUGUGACACAAAACUCAGUUGACCAUAUCUGUCGACCAGCUCGAGUUGGGAAACAACUGAGAGGGAGACACACAAGACAAACACCUUUAAUGAGUCACAACAUGAAGCAUGUAGCAGACACCCUCAUCCGACGGAACAUCCCUCAUUAUCCAGCAGAGCUGCCCAAGCUCAACGUGGUUGUACCGGGACCGCAGAUCUCCUUCCCAGUCUCCACUAUGCCCGCAUUUACCGUCACUCACAGAGGCACACUGCCAACUAUCACAUCCAAAAAGUGCCAGUCACAGUUGGCCAAGCCCCGGGAUGACUUACACCAUGCAGCUUUCAAGACCUACUAUAUGCCACCUCUGGAUAGAAAACAUGGAGGCUGCUGAGAGCCAAAAAACAGGAAGUAUUACAUUAAGAAGAAAAAAAAAAAAAAGCCUUUUAAUACUGGCUAGACCUGUACUGAAAUGGAUAACUUGAGAAGACACGUCUGUAAAACAUCACAACUGUGCUUGAGACGCGAGUCACGGAAGACCAUAAAACCUGUUAUCUCAACACUUAUAACUGCUACCCCAAACUGACAACUGAAAUUCAUAAACGGCAUAUUCUUUAAUGCCGCGGAUUAAGAGCAUGGAGGUUUAGUUUUACUUGACUUUGUCAGGUUUCAUUUGUUUAUGACUCUUAAAAAUUGAACACACUGUACAGUGGGAACUUCUUGUAAAGCAAUACGACCCCUGCAAAAAGCAGCCACACCACUUGGGCUUGUGUUUUAUUAUUGUACAACUUUGAAUCAAAUGAUUAAGCCAAUUUUAACCCCCC